AUGAGCCACCACAAGCGUCUGCGCGAUUUUAUCAAGCACAACGACGUCACGCAAAAGGAAGUUCGCGACUCCAUUUGUAUUCAGGGACGCUUUCUCUGGUCUGCCCCCGAGACCAAUGGAAAUUAUCACUUUUUGCGUCUCUAUCUCAGCGAGCAGCAAGCACCAGAACCGCUUCGCCAACAGCAGCAGGAAUUCCAGGCUGCACAUCGUGAGGAUGCCUUCAAGACAAACCAGUAUCUCAUUACCGUCUCCCUCUAUGAAGUGGCAUCAAACGAUCCCAACCUCCCAGUUCCAGGUGCCGUCAUCUCAUUCUCGCCCACCAAGGCCAGCAUUUACCGAAACUGUUGCCAAGUGAACGCCAAGCUAGCGGGAAUUUCGACAAUCAACAUGCCGUGA